AUGAGUCAACUUUCGGAAGUUCCGUACCGGAGGUCCGGAGGUGAGGUGCUUUCUAAGCCACCCCCAAAGGCCCCGAUCGGCGAGCCGGCGCCGCGGGGAGAAAAGGCCCAAAUAUUGGAGUGUCUGUCUGAGACCAAGAUAACGGUCUCGCCCGGCGCCGGGAAAAGCUGCCGACAAUUCAAUGUGACUGACAACCCUCUCGCGGCUUCGGCCCUCUACAAAAGAAGCGAAAGUGACAAUCCAGUGUUUUUUUGCUGGGCCUGCAACAUGCGAAAGCGGGGAUCGAUCGCCUCAAGAGCCCACAUGCUGGGCAGUCUAAACUCUGAACCCAUCUACUUAUCGCGAAUUCGCACGUCCUCUGCGAGCCUGUGGUCGGUGAACCAUUCCAUCGGGCCGCGUCUAACAGCCGUGGAGUGGAAUUCCGCCAAGACGGGCUGGGUUUCUACUCAGCACCACAUCUCGACGAGUGACAAGAGGUGGCAGGCGCCUCCUCCAAAAAAGGUCGUGGUGAAUCUCGGCUCUUCCGACGUCAUAUCCAUGACGGUUUAUUUCCGAGAGAACCCCGUCCCUUCUGUCACCCUUUCGGCCAAGGCUGUUGGCUCCGAUGCAGAACUGGAAGAUCCCCAAGGCGAUGUAGGGUCCAACGCAGCGUCAUCCAUCCCACAGUUUUGUCACCCAUCCAGGGGGCUCUAUGACACACCUGCAUGCCCCUCUCCAUCUCCUCUCCUCUCCUCUCUUAUUCCCUUUCGCCGCGAUGACGAGAUCCACCCUAGUCCGCGUGCAUGGGAAAAAUUGCCAAACGGGUCGCGCCGUCUAGCCAUCCGGUCGUCUUUGACUAAUGCGUGUGAAUGGAUGCGGUGCCGAUGGCGCGAGGUCCCCACUAUCCCAUCCACUUCGAGGUCCUCGCGCCUUUCUUUACCUUGUUAUCGGGAAAACUGCAAAAUCCAUGAAAAAAAGGUCCUCUUCCAUGAACAGACUCGUCCCUUUCACUGUUUCUUCUUCUGCGUCUUUGAAACAAUCGGAAGAGUUGCACAACAGACUGAUCUGAUCCUGUCACGAUCCACACGACCGCUGGAACUCGGAACCAGGCCCAUAAUAACCACGCGGGAUAUCCGUACAAAUAUCCGACAUCCGCAAUCGGCCGACUACUGCGCCCUUGAUAUCAAGUCGUUAUCAAGCGGCCCUGAGUAA